CUCUCCUCCAUCGUGAGCUUGGCUCUCGCCGCCAGCUCGACCACAAUGGAUAUGUCCGGUAUGUCCACCACAAUGGACAUGUCUGGCACCUCAACCACCAUGGCAAUGUCCGCCAGCACCCCCGUCGACACCUCUCCACCCUACACCAUCACCGCGCUCCCGAACGUCAAGAACCAAACCUCCUGUGUCUUCAAUUGCCUAAUCCCCAUCGGCCUGGCCGACUCCUCCGGCUGCGACGACGUGACCGAGAACUGCGCCUGCCUCUCCGCGCCCGUAGACGCAGAGUCCUUCUUCAGCACCUGUAUCCAAACCGUCUGCAAGUCCAGUACUGCAGCGUACAUUGCCUCCGCGACGAGUCUGUAUGAGAACUACUGCUUGUCGAUUUAUGGGAGCGCGAGCUUGGAGGCCGCUACUACGGCGAAUAUUCUCGCGGAUGCGAGUGCGGCGGCGCCGAGUAGUACGAGUGCGAGUAGUUCGAGUGCGAGUGCGACGGCGAAGAGUGCGGCGAGUGGGGGGAGGGAGAGGGUUGGUUUGCUGUGGCACGUGGCUCUUGUUGCGGGACGAGAUAGGUUGCGUCUAUUGGACCUUGCAAUUGAAGCUAAUUUCGACCUGAAUUUCCAUGUUCUGAAGAGGUGA